GCCCCGGACCGCCUCUCGGUUCCUCCAGCCGGUCGCCCGGGAGAAAGGACUGGUCGCAGGUUGGGGAUUAAGAAUCAUGUUGCACGAAGCAAGCGACAGGCAGAAGUUCGUCAGUGAAGUGGAGUAUCUCCGGGACAUGCAGCAUAAAGUAGACUCUGAAUAUCAGGCUUGCCUGAGACGACAGGAAUGCAAGAAAGACUCCAGUGAGAAGAAACGCGAUCAAUUUUGGGGGCAAGAGAACAAUCACGAGAGAUCCCGGUUUUCCAGUGGGUCAUCUUCCAAACAGAGCUGUGGUGAGGAAGAGCCGGUAGCCGAGGAACCAAGAUCACCUGCCAAGAUUUCUGGGGCUAAGAGUGAUUCCAAACUUCCAGCCAUUGAACAAACCUCAGUCAAGCAGAAACAUAAAAGCACCAUGACCCCCAGGAAACCAGAGAAAGUGGGCUCCAGCAAAUCCUCUCCAGCAACCCAGGCACCACAGAUAUUAUCAAAAAAGAGGAGGCCAAACCUGGGGAGACUGACAGUCACCCCAGAAGUGCAGAGCCUGAGAGCGUCUGGGGAGCGAGACAGGCAGAAGCCGCAGCUGCCAGCGAAAGCGCCAGCCCUCAGGGGAGCAGAUGCAGGAGCCCAACAAGAAAGCCCCACAUGGACGAGAGACACUAAGCCAAAGAGGAUGACUCGCGAGAGAAGGAACUUGGGCCCGUCCACACAGCAAGUGACGGUGACGGACAACACCCCAGAGAGGGCCCAAAAAGGAGAGCUCAGCGUGCUCUCGCCACUCGAGCCCGCUCCGGCCCUAUCCCGGGUCUUCCUGGGAACAAAUUCCCCUUGCUCCUCGUUGAGAGAGUCCCUGGGGCCCCCGCUGCCGGCCGCCACGGAGGGGCCUCGGAGGGCCCCGUUUAGGUUCCGAGACGAAGACUUCUAUUCCAUUUUAUCUCUCAACACGGGGGGAGACGACGACGCCACAGAUGAGGAAACCCAGGUGGAGGAGGAGCUCCUGCUGGUUGGCAUGCAUGCCCUCCACUGCCCUCACUCCACGCACAAGAGAAGCCGGCUGCUUGGGGCGCCCGCCACUCUGGGCAAAAGCAAAAAUUUUGAAGGCCAGCCUGUGAGCUGCAGCGCUCACGGUGUGAGGGGUGAGCCUGGUCUCAGCUCACUAAGAAUAAGCCAGGCCCCGCCGGGGCAGCGUCCUCUGGGGCCAAUGAUGGCGCCAGAGCCCGGGCUGCCCGAUGGGGUCCCUGCUAAAGACGACGACAGUGAUGACAGUGGAGACGGGGACAAGGCCUUUGUGUCAUGGAACACCAGGUCCAAACCCAGCCGACCCGAGCCCAGUGCUGAUGACGUACCCAGGAUUUGUGCUUCUCUGGGAAACAGGCCUGGUCCCCACGAUUACCAGAGAGACUGGCAGGUGUAUUUAAACAGCUCCAGCAGCUCCCUGGACUAUUUUCUUUCUGGUAGACCAGCACCUCCAAGACCACCCAUGAGUUCCUCCCACAGCACCCCCGGGUCAUCAAUGCCUUCUGCGCUGAGCAACAAUUUCCCAGGGGACCUGCUGAUGCCACCUACUUCCAUGCACAGUUCAGACACAGAAGGGAACUCGAGAUUUAAUGUGCGCCGGCCACUGUCCCCCAUUAGAAACCGGAACCCACUGGCCAGCACUGACAACCAUAGUCGUCCUCCAGUAGACAACGCACCUGAACCUGACGUCAGGGGAGCAGAAGAUGCGACUUGCAUAAGCCGGUCUCAGGCAGCGCCACUGAGCACCGAAAGUCUCGGAGUAAAUCCUCAAGGCGGCUCAGCCCCGGUGGAGUCUUCCGGCUCCGGGAUGGACUUACAAGCCCACCUGCAUGUGUCAGGGUCCCUGCAGGAAAAUAUACCUUUGACUUUCUUUACAGUGUCCAAUUUCCCACAUCACGGUGGCAGUGGGAGCAGAAUGGCAGUGUCUCGUUCCACAGAUAAGGAAGCCACGAAAACUAAAGCAGACCCUGAGAAACUCAAGAAACUGCAAGAAAGUCUCCUGGAGGAGGACUCCGAGGAGGAGGGAGAUUCGUGUCGCAUCUGUCAGAUAGUCGGGGGUUCCCCAACCAACCCCCUCCUGGAGCCGUGUGGCUGCGUGGGAAGCCUGCAGUUUGUUCAUCAAGAGUGUCUGAAAAAGUGGUUGAAAGUGAAAAUAACAUCAGGGGCUGACCUGGGAGCCAUAAAGACCUGCGAGAUGUGCAAGCAAGGCCUGCUGGUGGACCUGGACGACUUCAACGUGACAGAGCUUUACCGGAAGCACCAGCAGUCCCGGGCACAAAACGAGCUGAUGAAUUCAGGCUUGUACCUGGUGCUGCUGCUUCACCUCUACGAGCAAAGGUUUGCGGAACUCAUGAGACUCAACUACAACCGCCUUGCAAGAGAGAGGUUGUCAAGAAAUUACCCACAACCCAGACCGGAAGAAAAUGAAAAUUCCGAGUUGGGAGAUGAAAAUGGAAGCCGAACUGAUCAAAGCAACAGCCGGGUCGUCUAG